AUGUCUGCAGAUUUGCUCGCCGAGUUCGGUCAGGGUGAGGCCCCGAGUGAGGGUCAGCAGGAGCUCAAUAAUAAUAAUCAUGCACCCCGACAUUCACAUCUGCUCUCAAGCAGACACGCCGUUCCGCCACAAUGGCAGUUCAACGACGUACCGCGGGAGCCCAACAGCGACGUGCUGUUUGAUGCGGCGGUCGACAAACCUGCCAGCGAUGAAGAUGAUGACUGGGGUGAAUUCGAGGAACCUGGUUCAACUCCCCAACAGGCAGCCACUCAAAAUGCAGAGUCUCAUGGCCAUGUCUCUGCGAGUGUGGACUUUUUGGACUCACUGUCCAUAAACGACUCGACAGGUGCGACGCAGCCUGUGUUGAAUGUUCCUCCAAAGGCUCAAUCACACUCCAGUCAAAAACCACCCGCCUCGACUUGGAAUGAAGCUUCGUUUGAUGAUUGGGGCGAGUUUUCGUCUUCUACUGCACCGCCGGUUACCAGUACCUCCAAACCACAACACCACCAAAAGCAGGUCACCUCAAAUUGGGAUAUCCCCUCUAUUGAUGACUGGGGCGAUUUCUCAGCGUCCCCUGCAGUACGAUCCCCACAGGCCAGCCAGAGUCAAUCAUCAACUCAGCAGAAUCCUCCCUCCUUUGACGACUGGGGUGAUUUACUGACAUCGUCUACACCCCAACCUGUGGUAAAAGCGUCUACUAUGAAACCCCAACCACCGCUUAACCAGAACCAACCGACCUCCGCCUGGGAUGACUGGGGCGAGUUCACCGACAGCCAGUCUUCCAAACCGCCUCCACCCAAGGCUGCUACUGAGCAGAAGCGACACCCAAGCGUCAAGUCCGCCGCUCCCCAGCCAACAUGGGACGACGAAGCCUUCGAUGAAUGGGGUGAUUUCACCGACGGACCCAACCCAUCAGCUACCCAGCCAAAAGCCACCGCUCCAUCUCAAUCCUCAACACCCAGCCCAGCUCCAAACAGCUUCAUCUCCAGCCCAGCAGCACCCUCCACAACCGUCCGCCCAACCAACAUCCCCCCACCGUCCAUCCUUCUGGAAUUAUUCCUUGACCUCCUCCCUCAACUCCAAAAAGAAGCCAUCCAAGCAAAACCCCACCAACAGCGCACCACCUCAUCCCCAGUCCCGCCGCAAAUCCAAGAAACGGCAUUCACAAUCCGCAACACCCUCACCACCGCCGCCCGCGUAAUAGCCGGCCGCACCCACCGCUGGAAGCGCGACACCCACCUCAGCCAAAGCAUGCGCAUCGGUCCCGCCCGCGCAGGCGGCAAAGCAGGCGGCAUGAAGCUGAACGCCGUGAACAAGCGCGAAUCCGUCAAAGAGGAACAAGACUCCGGCGAUGUCCUGGCUCUAUGGCGCGACCGCGCCGCGCUGUUCAAUACCAUCCUCCAAGCGGCGGGCCAGCGUCCUGUGCCGUCUAUUCCCGAUCCCGCGGCUCUGAAAGUUAUCACUGCGCGGCCGGAGCAUGGAGCUAUUAAGGCGUCGCAUGCUUGUGCGCUUUGUGCGCUUCGGCGCGAUGAGCGCGUGUCCAGGGUGGAUGAGCCGGCCGUGCUGGAUAGUUUUGGGGAGUGGUGGACUGAGCAUUGGGGCCAUACGGAGUGCAGGUGGUUCUGGGAACGGAAUCGGGAGCUUUUGGGACAGAGGUGA